GUAUAUCAUCAUAAAGUCAGUAUAUUUGCUGGAAACUCAGCAUGUCACUAGCGGGUCAAUUUGAAUUAUAUUAUAUGAGGUCCGGCGUUGUCCAGCACUGGGAAAGUCGGCCCCGAGAUGUGGUGAGAUUGAAAUCGGUGAAUGAGAGCAACGAGAGCUGAAGCCCCAAAACGAUCUUGGAUUGCAACUCCAACGCACGUGUGAUCUGCUCAGUGUUAUUGAGCUUAAAUUUGAGCCCAGAAACAUGGUCAUCCUUCGCUUCUAUGACGUUCACGCCCACUCCGCGGCCGAAGAGCAGAUUAUUCUACGUCGUCUGCAGGAUGUGAACUCCGGCGUUAAGUCCGUGGUUUUGGAGCGUUGCUACCAUCUAGAGUACAGCGUUGAGACAAAGCACUCAUUGAGCUUGGGUGACCUACUAAUGUGGCUGGUGAAACAACCCUUGAGCAGUGGCCAGAGCUUGGUCAGGCAAUCCGUUCUUCAGGAGUAUGGCCACAAGCAGUUGCUCUUAGAGAUCGGGCCUCGCUAUAACUUCUCCACACCUUAUUCAACGAACUGUGUUAACAUUUUCCACAAUCUCGGAUAUUCCGAGGUGCGUCGAGUGGAAGUUUCAACCCGUUACCUUCUGACCUUUAGCGAGGACUCGAAAGUGCCAGAUACAGGGAGCUUUCUUCCUUUGCUGGGCGACCGCAUGACCCAGUGCCUCUACACCAAAGAGAACAUCCCCAAGGAAAGCUUUAAUGAGCAGUUACCAGAGCGUCAGUCAAACUGGCAUUUCGUGCCCGUCUUGGAGGAGGGGAGGAGGGCAUUGGAGAGGAUAAAUCAGGAGCUCGGUUUAGCCUUCAAUGACUUCGACCUGCAAUACUACCACGACUUGUUUGCAAAGGUGUUGGGCCGAAAUCCCACCACAGUGGAACUGUUCGACUGCGCCCAGAGCAACAGCGAGCACUCACGCCAUUGGUUUUUCCGCGGGCGCAUGGUGAUCGAUGGGGUUGAGCAGCCAAAGUCUCUGAUACGCAUGAUUAUGGACACACAGGCUCACACGAACCCGAACAAUACCAUUAAGUUUAGCGACAAUAGCAGCGCCAUAGUGGGAUUCAGCCACCAGUCCAUAGUCCUGACUUCCGUGGUAGCUCCCGGACCAGUGCGUUUGGAGAACGUGCAGUCAGAUCUGAUUUUUACGGCCGAAACCCACAACAUGCCCACAGCUGUGGCUCCCUUCAGUGGGGCCACUACGGGCACGGGUGGACGACUGCGCGAUGUCCAAGGUGUGGGAAGAGGGGGCGUUCCGAUCGCAGGUACCGCCGGCUAUUGUGUGGGAGCCCUUCAUAUCCCAGGCUACAAACAACCUUACGAACCCUCGGACUACAAAUAUCCUGCAACGUUCGCAUCUCCACUUCAGGUGCUCAUAGAGGCAAGCAACGGUGCCUCGGAUUACGGAAACAAGUUCGGAGAGCCGGUGAUCUCCGGAUUCGUUCUAUCAUAUGGACUUAAUAAUGCAGCUGAUCCCGGCCAGCGAGAUGAGUACGUGAAACCGAUCAUGUUCAGUGGUGGCCUAGGCACCAUGCCUGCAUCAAUGCGCGAGAAAAUUAUUCCAACUCGUGGUCAGUUAUUGGCCAAGAUCGGAGGACCAGUUUACAGGAUAGGGGUGGGGGGCGGUGCCGCUAGUUCCGUUGAAGUACAGGGAUCAGGAGAUUCUGAGUUGGACUUCAACGCCGUCCAGCGUGGGGACGCCGAGAUGGAGAAUAAGUUAAAUCGCGUGGUGCGCGCCUGCCUAGAACUGGGCGACCAGAAUCCCAUACUAGCAAUCCACGACCAGGGUGCUGGAGGCAAUGGGAACGUUCUCAAAGAACUAGUGGAACCUGGUUUUGCCGGAGCCAUAAUCUUCUCAAAGGAGUUCCAACUAGGCGAUCCCACAAUUACUGCCCUGGAGCUGUGGGGUGCCGAGUAUCAAGAGAACAACGCCAUUCUUUGCAAGGAAGAUCAACGCGACCUGCUGGAAAAGAUCUGCCGGCGUGAACGCUGCCCUAUUAGCUUUGUAGGAGUCGUGACAGGGAAUGGGCGAGUGACCCUUCUGGAGAAGUCUGCCCCUAAGGAUUUUAAUCAGGCUUUGAACGAAUGUAAUCGCAGCACAGCUUCGCCUUUUGAUCUGGAUCUCAAGUAUGUAUUGGGGGACAUGCCGAAGAGAACAUAUGAUUUAAAACGCGAGCAGACGCCCCUAAGGGAACUGUGUCUGCCGAAAGACUUGCAUCUUGAAGAAGCUUUGGAAAGAGUUCUUAGCUUAGUGUCAGUGGGUAGCAAGCGCUUCCUCACUAACAAGGUGGAUCGAUGCGUUGGAGGAUUGAUCGCACAGCAACAGUGCGUGGGUCCUCUACAAGCCCCACUUUCGGACUACGCGUUGACCACCGUUUCCCAUUUUAGCAAGUCCGGCAUAGCUACCUCAAUUGGUACCCAGCCGAUAAAGGGCCUUGUUGAUCCUGCCGCAAUGGCUAGGAUGUGUGUGGGUGAGGCGCUUAGUAACCUCGUCUUUGUAAAGAUAAGUGAACUGGCAGAUAUCAAGUGCUCGGGAAACUGGAUGUGGGCAGCAAAGCUGCCCGGAGAGGGUGCCAAGAUGUUCGAUGCCUGUAAGGAGCUGUGCCAGAUUCUCGAAGAACUCCAUAUUGCCAUUGACGGAGGAAAAGAUUCAUUGUCCAUGGCUGCCAAGGUGGACGGCGAGCCAAUUAAGUCUCCGGGUACUCUUGUCAUCUCCACUUACGCCCCCUGCCCAGAUGUGCGCGUUAAGGUUACGCCGGACUUAAAGGGACCGGGAUCGGGCUUAAAAACUGCUUUGCUCUGGAUAAAUCUAGAAAACCGUCUUCGCCUAGGUGGCUCAGCUCUGGCUCAGGCCUACGCUCAGCAGGGCAAUGAGACGCCAAACUUGAUAAGAACGGAUCUGCUGAGCAAGGCAUUUGAAAUCACCCAAUCGUUGUUGGAAGAAGGCCGCCUUAAGGCAGGACAUGAUGUCAGUGACGGAGGGUUGAUAGUUUGCCUAUUGGAGAUGGCAAUAGGAGGACUAAGCGGACUCAGAGUCGACCUUUCGGAGCCCUUGGCAAAGUUGAAAAACUACGAUGUGGCUGCCGAAAAACUUAAACGCCCUGAGCUGGCUCUUCUUUUCGCGGAGGAGUGUGGAUGGGUAGUGGAAAUAUUGGAGACAGACUUGGAGCGCAUUCGAUCGAUUUACGAAGACGCCGGAAUACCGAACUACUAUUUGGGUGAGAGCGACGGGUUCGGACUCGAUUCCAGAGUGGUAAUCAAACAGGGUGAUUUAGAACUGCUGGAUCAGCCACUCCGUUUGCUUUACCAAAAAUGGGAGCGCACUAGUUAUGAGUUGGAAAAGUUACAGACCAAUCCAAAGUGCGCCGAGGCCGAGUACAAAAGCCUUGAAUAUCGCCGAGCCCCGCAGUAUAAAGGUCCCUCGAAUCUGCAAGCCGAGCUAGCUCUCAAAAGAUCCUGUGCCCCCAUACGUGUUGCCGUGCUCCGCGAGGAGGGCGUUAAUAGUGAGCGUGAGAUGAUGGCCUGCUUGCUGAAGGCGAACUUUGAAGUUCAUGAUGUGACUAUGUCAGAUCUUCUGCAAGGUACGAGCGUGUCUCAAUACCGCGGACUGAUCUUCCCGGGUGGGUUCAGCUAUGCGGAUACUUUAGGAUCGGCCAAGGGUUGGGCAGGUAAUAUUCUCCACAACCCGCGCUUGAUGCCACAGUUCGAGGCCUUCAAGCGCCGUCAAGACGUUUUCUCCUUGGGAAUUUGCAAUGGCUGUCAACUGAUGACUCUUAUUGGAUUUGUGGGAAGCCUAAGCAGCGAGGUAGGAGUAGAUCCUGAUGUGGCCCUUCUUCAUAAUAGAUCGCAGCGCUUCGAGUGCCGCUGGGCCACAGUAAGGAUUCCUUCUAAUCGCUCUAUAAUGCUCGAAAGUAUGAAAGAUCUGACACUAGGGUGCUGGGUGGCUCACGGUGAAGGUCGCUUUGCAUUCCGGGAAGAGAAGAUCAUUAGUCAAUUGCUGUCAGAGGAGCUUGUGACACUGCAAUAUGUUGAUGAUGCAGGCGAGCCUACGGAACUCUACCCUCUUAAUCCGAACGGUAGCCCUUUGGGGAUUGCUGGUAUUUGCUCGACAGAUGGGCGGCACUUGGCCUUAAUGCCACACCCUGAGCGUUGCUCCUCUAUGUACCAGUGGCCCUAUGUACCACCUUCUUUCCCAGUGCUCCCAACACAGGAUGAGAGUCCUUGGCAGAUUAUGUUUAACAAUGCUUACAAUUGGUGUGUCAAGACAGAUUAAAAAAAUCCUAAGGCUAUAAUAAGCAUUUAAAUACAUUAUAUGUAUUUAGGCCCUUAUUAAUCAUAAUACAAUAAAUAUUUGUUUCUAAUUUUA